AUGGCGCUGGAGGUAAGUCCCUUUGAAGUCAGUACACCAGUUCAGCAAAUAGGAUCUCAAUUUAUAACAAACAAAUCCAGAUUCAGAUGUACCUGGAAAGGCUGCAAACACAUAGAGCACACACCCAAGAAGAUCGAGAGACACAUAAGGAAUGUUCAUUUAGGUAAUAAAAAAGCGCGUCGCUCCGCAGAUUACGAUGAAUCAUGCAGCGAAAAUGACCAUGAGGAGGAAUUCUACUAUACGGAAAUUGAAGACGAGGAGGAAGAUAGUAAAACACCAAGCCCUACAUCACCUCCCACACUCAGCCACCGCGACAUGGCACGGCCACCACACGAAGAUCCUGAAUACCAAAGAAAAAUAGUGGGAAAUUAUAAGCAAGGACGUGUCAAUCAACAGCAACAGCAACAGCUUCAACAAAGUCAGGGUCAAAAUCUAAUAAACGGAAAGACGGUAUUUCACGGCGGCACUUUUAUUACAAAUAGCAAUAGUAGCAACAGCCAAAAUAACCAUCAAAUGCAGAACAAUUGCAUAUCGACUUCAUCGCUAACUCACCACAACUACUGGCAGUCAUCCUCAGUACCGGUAGUAUUAGCUCCGCAAACCGCCACUUCAGCGGUGACAACAAACUCAAGUCAGCAACUUCAACAGCAGCCGCAGCCACAGUAUAUUAAACACGCUCGAUCAUCGCCACGUCCGUCCCAGUCGACCGCGCCAUAUCCAUCGCCAACGUACCAUCAUAAUUACAGCAGCAGUCCGAAUGCGUGCAUUAGCAGUAAUGGCAAUAGCAGCGCCAAUGGCAACGCAUGUAACAAUCAAAGCAGUUCCAUCGUACACAACAAUAGCAGUGCCAACAAUAUGCUUCAGCAAUUGUCCCAACAAAAUGUCACGGUGACGGCACAUCAUAGUGGUGCUCAUCACAGUCAGCAACAGCAACACCAAGUACCGGCAGUAACUAUUACGCCAAAUUAUCCAAGCAAUCAGCAGCAACAACCACAACCGCAACAGCAACUACAGCACAUUCAUGGCCACCAACAAACGACGCACUCCAGCGCUGCCGGAACUAUAGUGACACUCCCUACAGCCCACGUAAACCAUAAUCCACAACAUCAUCAACAGACGUCUCAUCAUAACCAGCAACAGCAUUCACAACAUGUAGCUGCCGCCACGACAACUAAACACUCACCGAACUCACCAAAUAGACGAACUCGAGGCGAGAACAAAAAAUGCCGUAAAGUAUAUGGUAUGGAACGCCGUGAUCAAUGGUGCACCCAGUGCAGGUGGAAGAAAGCAUGCAGCCGAUUCGGUGACUGAAAAAGGCCCAAAAC